UCUUGGCAGCAAGCAACUAAAAAGAAGAAAAAGACCCAUCCCUGACGGCUGUCAAUAUUACAAAAUGAUCACUGUUGUCAUUCCAAACUCUCUCAGAUUGUGUUUUUUCAAUUUAUAAUCACAACCUCAGUAGUUGAAUACUACCGCGUUGAUAUCAUGAUCUUAUUGCCCAGUUUGUGUACGAUCGAAAGACUGUGUUUUUAGCAUUAAGCUGAUUAAGCUAGCAAAGAGUGGGGUGAAGCCUCUGCUCAGAGUGAGUGGAUACGGGUGCAGAUUUGGUUCGGCAGCAUGGCUUACAGUGCCAGGACAGAUUGCCCGGAGCUUCCUGACUUCACUCUGCUCAAGAGACUGGCCAGAGAUCAGCUCGUCUACUUGCUGGAACAGCUUCCAGGAAAGAAGGACCUUUUCAUUGAGGCAGACUUGAUGAGCCCGCUGGAUCGUAUCGCCAAUGUUGCCAUUCUAAAGCAACAUGACGUUGACAAACUUUACAAAGUAGAGUAUAAACCCAUCAUUAGCACAUCAGAUCAGCUUUGUUUUCUGAUCCGGCCAAGAAUACAAACAGUGAAGUGGAUAUGUGAUGUGGCCAAAACAGACAAAGCUGCCGGAAAAUGUAGAAGAUACAAAAUUAUAUUUACGCCUCAGAAGUUUUAUGCAUGUGAGACAGUACUGGAGGAGCAGGGCGUCUUUGGAGAUGUGACAAUGGAUGAAUGGGCCUUCUAUCUUCUUCCUUUGGACUAUGACAUCAUCAGUCUGGAGCUCCCAGAGUUUUUUCGGGACAAUUAUCUGGCUGGAGAUCUGCGUUGGGUGAGGACAGCUGGGAGUGCUCUACAUCUUCUUAACUCCAUUUACGGACCAUUUUCAAAGGUUUAUGGUAUUGGAAGGUGUUCAAAGAUGACAUAUGAGUCUUGGAGAGAGCAAGAGGAAGAGGGAGACCAGAAGGCUCGGAACGCUGAAAUAGGAACCGUUUUCUUAAUUGAUAGGGAUGUGGACUUUGUCACCCCUAUGUGCUCUCAAGUAGUUUAUGAAGGACUCGUGGAUGAUAUAUUCAGAAUCAAAUGUGGAUGUGUGGAAUUUGGACCUGAUGUCUCUUCCACAGACAAAAGCAUCAAAGUCAUGCUGAAUUCUCAAGAUAAGGUCUUUAAUGAAAUCAGAAAUGAACAUUUCUCCAAUGUCUUCAGCUUUCUUAGUCAGAAAGCCAAGAAUCUCCAGACUGCGUAUGAUAAACGCAGAGGGAUGGACAUAAAGCAGAUGAAAACAUUUGUCUCAGAAGAACUUAAAGGCUUGAAACAAGAACAUCGCCUCCUGAGCCUGCACAUCGCCGCAAGUGAAUCAAUGAUGAAGAAGAAAACAAAACAGGAUUUCCAGGAGCUUUUAAAAACAGAACACUCUUUACUAGAAGGUUUUGAAAUCCGUGAAUGUAUUUCUUUCAUUGAGGAGCAUAUCAACAGGCAGGUCUCCAGGACUGAAAGUCUUAGACUACUAUGCCUUUUGUCUUUAACAGAAAAUGGACUCCUGCCAAAAGACUACCGGUCUUUAAAAACACAAUAUUUGCAGAGUUAUGGAGUGGACCACCUGCUCACAUUUGCAAACCUCAAGCAGUCGGGGCUGCUGGUUGAGCAACAGCAAGGUGAAACACUGGCUGUUAUGGAGAGCAAAGUGGGUAAACUGGUCAACGAUAAGACAGCAGGGAAGCUAACAGAUGCAUUUUCAUCCUUGGCAAAGAAAAGCAAUUUCAGGGCCCUAAGCAGAAAACUGAAUUUGGUGCCCAAGUCAGAUGAAGGGUAUGACCUGCACGUCCCGAGGGACAUGGCUUACAUCUUCAGUGGCGCCUAUAUCCCACUGAGCUGCAAGCUCAUAGAGCAGGUGUUAGAGCGAGAUGGUUGGACUGGGCUUGAAGAAGUUACCAGGUUGCUAAAUGGAAAUGAGUUUGCUGUCACAGGCAAAAAUGGAGCAAAAAAUGAGGCGCAACGCAUCGUUGUCGUCAUGUUCCUUGGGGGAUGCACCUACUCUGAGAUUUCAGCUUUACGUUUUCUUGGUAGAGAAAGAGGAUAUAAAUUUAUCGUGGUAACGACUGCCAUUACGAGCAGUUCAAGAAUGUUGGAGGCCUUGCUGGACAACCGAUGAUGAUGCCUGUCAGGACAACACGAUGGACCUCACAAACAUUAUUGUCACUUGACAACCAACUCUGAUAGUCGCUCACUUAUCAGAGAUGGGCUGACAAGAAUUGAUUUAAGAUGUGCAACAUCAAAUAAAUGCUUUUUUUUUUUUUUA